GCCUCGCUGGUGCUGGGGGCGGAGCCGUGAUGGCGGCCGUCGAGGUGGCAGCGCCGGCGGCGGCCGGGAGGAGCCGCUGAGGCAAGGUGGGGCGGCGGCAGCGCUCCGCCGAGCCCGCUGAGGGAGCCUCGGCCCCCGGGGGGAGCAGGCGGCCGCCUCCCUUCUCUCCCGGCGAGGCGGCUGCCGGGCCGCGGUCCUGCUGAGGGAGGAGGCCCGGAGCGGGCCCGGCCAUGGCGUCGUGGCUGGGCGGGCUGGGCUCGGGGCUGGGCCAGUCGCUGGGGCAGGUGGGCGGCAGCCUGUCCUCGCUCACCGGGCAGCUCUCCAGCUUCACCAAGGACAUCCUGCUGGAGGGCGCCGAGGAAGUGGGCGAUGCAGCAACAGAGCUCCAUGUGUCCAAUUCUAGACUCAGAGAAAUAGAAAGUAUUAAUGCAGCACAGAAGUCUGAAAAUGAGAGGCUGAAAAAAAUCUGUAGUGAUUUAGAAGAAAAGCAUGAAGCAGCAGAGCUUCAAGUAAAGCAGUUAUCUAUAGAGUACCGAAAUCAGCUGCAGCAGAAAGAGGUGGAAAUCAGCCAUCUGAAGGCUAGACAGAAUGCACUGCAGGAACAAUUGCAGAAAGUACAGACGGCUGCUAGGUCAUCACAGUCAGCUGCUGGUUUGCAACCAGCUACUACGUCAGCUUCCUUUGUUCCAGUGGUUAGACAUUCCUCAGGUUUUGAAGGAGAUGACAUGGAUUUUGGAGAUCUAAUCUGGUCUCAACAGGAAAUAAACAGAUUGUCCAAUCAAGUUUCUAGGCUUGAAUCUGAGGUGGACCACUGGAAGCAGAUUGCACAGUCUUCCAAAGUGCAAGGGACAAAUGUUGCUGAACAAAGUGAAAUAUGCAAGCUUCAAAAUACCAUUAAGGAGCUUAAACAGAAUUUAAGUCAAGAAAUAGAUGACCAUCAACAUGAACUUUCAGUAUUGCAGGAUGCACACAGACAAAAGCUAAUAGAGAUAACUCGUCGACAUCGAGAAGAGCUGAGUGAAUAUGAAGAGCGAAUUGAAGAACUUGAGAAUCAGUUACAGCAAGAUGGUGUACACACUGAUGCUGUGGAUGACUCUAAAAUUAGUGAACAGAAAAAGAGUGUUCAGAAUCUAGAAGGAGGAAAAGCAGAAGACUUGCAAAUUAUAAAAGACCUAGAGGAUGAAAUAAGAAGAUUAAAUCAGAAAUUAUCUUCUGCCAAAGAAGAAAACAAAAUUCUUCUGAAAGAUCAAGAGUUGUUAAAGGUAGAAAAAAUCCAAAUAACCCAGGAAUAUGAAAGUCUAAAAUCUGACUUUAGCAUGCUUCAAAGUUCUGUCACAGAGCAAGAUGCUCUCUUGAAAGAACAGGAGAAGAAGUUCCAGUCCAAGACAAUGCUACCAGAAGAUGUCGUCAGAUUGCAACAAGCACUGUUAGAAGCAGAAAAGGAAAUAGCAAGACUUUCAAGUUUAAAUCAGGCUGACAGUUUCACUCAUACAGGGAAAGAUAUUCAGGCAUUUACACAAGAUCUACAGGUUCUUAAAGAAGAAAACAUUAAACUUAAAAAAGAAAAGGAGGGACUUGAGAAGGAACUGCUACAUGCACAACAAGAAAAUAAGAAUAUUCUUUCUACGUAUUCUGAGGAUCAGAAUUCAGAGCUAAAUCAGUUAAGGCAAGAUUUGGAAAGGAAAGAACAUGAAUUAAAUGAAAGUAUUGCUGAAAGAGAAACAUUAGUAGCAGAAUUGGAAGAACUAGACAAGCAGAAUCAAGAAGCUACUCAGCAUGUGAUUACACUGAAAGAGCAGCUGUCAAAACAACACACACAAGGUGAUAGUAUCACCAAACAGCUGCAAAUUGACGUAGAUCUUGAAAGAAAGAAAGUAGCAAAACUGGAAAUGGAGAAGAUGGAAGCUAUUAAGGAGUUAGAUAGUCAGAAGGAAAAACUAAGCCAAUGUUCAUAUGCACUUAAUGAUUUGCAUAUAAGUAAACAGCAGCUUCAAAACACUAUUAAAGAUCUUCAGGAACAAUUAAAGAAGUCCCAGGACCGUAACUUGCAUAACAAAAAAGAAAUUAAAGAAUUGCAGCAGAGACUAAAAGAAAGAGAGGAGGAUCUUUCUGUAUCCUUGAGCAAGUUAACAGAAAAAAGUAAUCAGGAAGCUAACUACAGUUGUCAAGAUCUGAUUCUGAAAGAACGAGAAGUAGAAAUUGCAAAACUACAGAAUAACGUUUUGGAAAAUAAACAAAGAAAUGAAGACUUGGAGAAAUCUCUAUCUGAUCUCAAAAUAGAAAAUGGAAAGCUAGUAACAGCCUUUGAAGAAAUAAAACAGGAAUUAAAUGAUGCCAUUUCUGAGAAGAAUAAAGUUUACUUAGAAAAAGACUCUGUUGUGGAGGCCUUGAAAAUGGAAAAAAAGCAUUUGGAAACUGAAUUAAACCAGACUGAAAAACGGCUUUUUGAGCAAGCACAGAAGUAUGAGCAAACUAUUCAGGAAUUAUCAAAUGCACGUAGUAUGGAUACCAGUGCAUUGCAGCUUGAACAUGAACGCCUGGUUAAACUGAAUCAAGAGAAAGACUUUAAGAUUGCAGAAUUCAAAAGGAACAUGGAGCAGAUGGAAAUUGACCAUCAAGAAACAAAAGAGAUGUUGACUACUAGCUUAGGAGGGCAAAAGCAGUUGACAGAACUCAUAAAAGAAAAAGAGGAAUUUAUUGAAAAAUUUAAAAAUCAAGCCUUACAGGUAAAGCAGGAACUUGAGGAAUAUAAGAAAGCUUCAAAAAAGCAGGAUGUCUUAAAACAAAAUUUAGAAGAAAAAGACAAAAGUCUUGCCAUCAUGAAGGAAGAAAAUAAUCAUUUGAAAGAAGAAAUUGAACGUCUUAAGGAUCAACAAAGUAGAUCUGCACCUAUGGUUGAGCCUAAGACUCUAGAUAUUAUUAUUGAACUUGAAAGUGAGGUAACACAGUUAAAAGUGAUAAAGAAUAAUCUUGAAGAAGAAAUAGAAGUUCUCAAAAAAACAAUAGAAGAUCAGAAUCAAAAAACAGUGCAACUUCAGCAGUCUUUGCAAGAGCAAAGAAAGCAAAUAGAUGAGUCUAAAGUUCAGUGUGAACAAAUGAAUGUCACACAUGAAAGACUUUCUUUAGAGAAGGAUGAGGAAAUUAAAAAUUUACAGAAGACAAUUGAGCAAAUUAAGACUCAGUUACACAAAGAGAGACAGGUUAUUCAGACUGAUUCCUCUGAUCUUUUUCAGGUAACCAAAGUUCAGCCACUUAAUGGAGAAAAUGGAAAUGAAAAACAUGACUUAUCUAAAGCUGAAAUUGAAAGACUAGUAAAAGGUAUCAAAGAAAGGGAGAUGGAGAUUAAGCUUCUAAAUGAAAAGAAUGUUUCUCUGAGUCAACAAAUUGAUCAGUUGUCUAAAGAUGAAGUCGGCAAACUUACUCGGAUCAUUCAAGAGAAAGACUUAGAAAUACAGGCCCUCAAUGCUAGAGUUUCCUCAGCUUCCUAUCGGCAGGAUGUUCUUUGCCUUCAGCAGCAGCUGCAAGCUUAUGUCAUGGAAAGAGAACAAGUACUAGCAGUUCUAAGUGAAAAGACAAGAGAGAACAGUCAGUUAAAAACAGAGUAUCAUAAGAUCAUGGAUAUGGUGGCUGCUAAAGAAGCAGCUUUGGUAAGGUUGCAAGAAGAGAAUCAAAAGUUAUCUAAUAGAUUUGAAAAUAGCAGUCAAGACAUGUUUAGAGAAACUAUUCAGAAUUUAUCCCGUAUCAUUCGAGAAAAAGAUAUUGAAAUAGAUGCUCUAAGUCAAAAAUGCCAAACCUUAUUGACUGUCUUGCAGACGUCCAGUACAGAUACUGACAGCGGUUCAGGAGGUGUUAACAGUAACCAGUUUGAGGAACUUCUACAAGAACGUGACAAACUAAAACAGCAAGUAAAGAAGAUGGAAGAGUGGAAGCAACAGGUAAUAACCACGGUUCAGAACAUGCAGCAUGAGUCAGCUCACCUUCAAGAAGAGCUACAUAAACUUCAAGCACAGAUUUCAGUUGAAAGCGAUAGUAAUUCAAAAUUACAGGUAGAUUAUAAUGGCUUGAUUCAGAGUUACGAACAGAAUGAGAAAAAGCUGAAAAGUUUUAGUCAGGAAUUAGCACAAGUUCAACACACCAUAGGACAGCUUCAUAACACCAAGGAUCUUCUCCUGGGUAAACUUGAUUUGGUAACACCAUCUGUAGCAAUGGCUUCCAUCAUUUCGCAGCCUCCAGUCAUUCAAAGCAGUGCUCCUGAAGUGCUCAGUGAUGAAACUAAACUCCUUCAAAAGGAAUUGGAACAACUGAAAAAAAAGUUGCAAGAAAAAGAUUCAACUAUUAGGACUCUUCAGGAAAACAAUCAACGAUUAUCUGAUUCUGUGGCUAUAGCAUCAGAGGUUGAAAGAAAGGGUCAAGAGGGGACUGAUUCAGAGAUAAGGCAGAUCAAAGAAAAACAUGAUGUCUUACAGAAAUCACUUAGAGAGAAAGACAUACUGAUUAAAUCUAAAAGUGAUCAGUUACUUUCUGUGAGUGAAAAUCUUAGUAACAAAGAAAACGAAAAUGAACUUUUAAAGCAAGCUGUGACUAACCUUAAAGAAAGAAAUCUAAUUUUAGAAAUGGAUAUUCGAAAACUGAAAGAAGAAAAUGAAAAAAUAGUUGCAAGUUGUAGGGAAAAAGAAACAGAAUUCCGAGCACUUCAGGAGACUAAUAUGCAAUUUUCAAUGAUGCUGAAGGAGAAAGAGUUUGAGUCCCACUCAAUGAAGGAAAAAGCUCUCACUUUUGAGAAGUUGUUGAAAGAAAAAGAACAGGGCAAGACAGGGGAAUUGAAUCAACUGCUAAAUGAAGUUAAAUCAAUGCAAGAAAAGGCUGUUACUUUUCAGCAAGAGAGAGACCAAGUCAUGGUAGCACUCAAACAGAAGCAAAUGGAGAGCAGUGCCCUGCAGAGUGAGAUACAGCAUUUACGUGAGAAGGAGCAGCGCCUAAAUCAGGAACUGGUGAGGUUACGUAAUCACCUUCUGGAAAUGGAGGACUCCUACACGCGAGAAGCGUUAGCUGCAGAAGACAGAGAGGCCAAGCUAAGAAAAAAAGUUUCAGUUUUGGAAGAAAAACUCGUGUCCUCAUCUACUGCAGUGGAGAACGCCAGUCAUCAAGCUAGCCUGCAGGUCGAAUCUUUGCAAGAGCAAUUAAACUUGGUUUCCAAGCAGAGAGAUGAAACUGUGCUACAGCUCACCAUCUCACAGGACCAAGUGAAACAGUAUGCAUUGUCACUGGCCAACCUGCAGAUGGUGCUAGAGCAAUUCCAACAGGAGGAAAAAGCCAUGUAUUCAGCAGAGUUAGAAAAACACCAAAAACAGACUGCAGAAUGGAAAAAAAAAGCCGAGAACUUAGAAGAAAAAGUUGUAUCACUGCAGGAAAGUUUAGGAGAGGCAAAUGCUGCACUGGAUGCAGCAUCAAGGCUUACUGAGCAACUUGAUGUUAAAGAGGAGCAGAUUGAAGAGCUUAAGAAAGAAGGAGAGAUCAGAAAAGAAAUGUUAGAAGAUGUACAAAAUAAACUAAUGAAUCUCAUCAACAGCACAGAAGGAAAAGUGGACAAGCUCCUGAUGAGAAAUCUCUUUGUUGGACAUUUUCAUACUCCAAAAAAUAAACGUCCUGAAGUGUUAAGGUUAAUGGGAAGUAUCUUGGGAAUAAAAAAGGAAGAACUUGAUCAGUUACUAUCUGAAGAACAAAGAGGAGUUACAAGAUGGGUGACUGGCUGGCUUGGUGGAGGAACUGGGUCAAAGAGUGUCCCUAAUACACCUUUAAGGCCAACUCAUCAGAAUGUUUUUAAUAGUUCUUUUUCAGAGUUGUUUGUGAAAUUCCUUGAAACAGAAUCUUGCCCAAGCCUUCCUCCACCCAAGCUCUCUGUUCAUGAUAUGAAACCUUUAGGAGCAGCAGGAACUGGUAAAGCUGGCAGCAUUCCAUCCAGCAGUCAGAUACAAGAUUCUGCAGUCUCAGGAAUCAGCAGAAGACCAGAUGCAAAUCCAUUUCUAGCACCUCGAUCUGCAGCAGUGCCUCUCAUAACUCCUGCUACUAGUUCUGGACACCUGCUUAUGAAACCUAUCUCUGAUGCCUUGCCUACUUUUACACCACUGCCAGUGUCCCCUGAUGCCAGUGCUGGUGCUGUACUAAAAGACCUCCUAAAACAAUAAAUGAUAUUGAAUCAAUAUGAUGAUAGCACUUUAAGGAAAAUGAGAACACUAUGCUGUAUAUAAUUUACCACAGUGAGGCCUUCUGUAAAAAGUCGUAUACUUGUUUGCAAUUGUCUUGUUUUUCUUUCUUUUAAUUACAAACUAACCAGUGCUUUGGAAAUUGAAGGAUCGCAUGCAGAGCUGCGUUCUUGGUAGCAGGUAUUCAUUUUGGGUGGGGGUUAGAUUUUGUUGCUAGACUGCCACAAGAUAAAUUGAAGGAUUUUUAACCCUUAGUUACACUCUGAGUCAUUUCAGUUAUCCGUAUAUAGAAAGCAUUACUUUUUUGGUGUUGAGGUCCAUUUUUCCAUUAAAAUAAUCUGCCAUUGGCAGUGGACCUUCAAGAACCAGAAUUAAAAAUGAAUAAAUAAAAACACCUAGCCAAAACUGAUCUUAUUUGAGGUGCUGAAUGAAUCAUAUAAACUCCAAACAGUGAGGCAGUGAAUAUAUGGGAGUGUGGUUAUUGAGUAGCUGCAGUUCGCCCCCACACUACACAAUUUCUUACAUUUGGUUACAUUAAGAUAUUUAUCUCUUAUUUACAGUAUUGAUCAUGCUUGGGGGCAUUUGAGGCAUAUUAAUCUUCUUUGCACAAAGAUUAGAUGUUUUUUCUCCCAGCCUAACAACUGCUUUCAGUAGUCAAACUCAUCAGCACCAAGGAGUUGACUGUGGAAGUGAGUGCUUCAUUUCUAGUGGUGUCUGUGUGAUGAAGAGUGGAUAAUUUAGCAAAAGAUAGAUUCAUAUAUAUAAAGAUACUGUACUUUAAUGCUCUAAGAUGUAUAUUUGACAGACUUUUUAACUUGCUGGAAUUUGUAGAUUCAAAUACAGGCUUAAAGCUUGAAGAUAUGUAUAAAAUUUAAAGGCAAGAACAUGCUUACUUAUCCCAAAUGUGUAAAUAGGUCUUUGUAAGACCAAGGCCAAAGUCAAUUAUUCUGUAAAUUUUGCUGUGAUAACUUGUACACAUUGUUGGCAGGUAAAGGAUGAAGUUGCGUACUGAAGGAUACAAAUCAUCUUGCAAAAGUAGUGAAUCUGAGGUAAAACAUUUUCAUUUUAAAAUGUGUAAUUUCUAAACCUUUUUAUAUGCCAUUCCAUGUUUAGUCAGUGUUAAAAGAUAACUGUUGUGCAAGUUCUAUAUUAGAACUGUCAACCUUCUCAUCUUCAUUGAGAUCCUGGAUUAAAUUGUUGUAAGACUUAUAUUUAAAUAAAAUUUAUCACUGAAACUUGUACAGAAUCAAACCAAAUAAUGCAAGAAAUCUGCAGUUAUUUAUAUAGAGGUCAAAUAGUGAAUUUCUUUUGUUGCCUUGAAAUCUAGUAAAGUUUGUUUUAAUUACAGUAUUUACCUUGAGAACUGCUUGAGUUCCUUUUCUCCAGUAUGUCAGUGCUUCAUGGAAGAUUUAUGCAAACUUGGAAAAGUAGAUUGACCGUAUUGAAUUUUUAUUUAAAAGCUUUUGCUCCCUUACAGACAAGGUAAUAAAUUUGUCAGUUGGACUUCUGAUAGAAUACCAGCCACAAGUAGUGUACCAAAGUAUAUUCUGCAUUAUGUAAUAAAUGUAACGAGAAUUUAAAAUUGCGUCUGCUGGGAACAUUUCAGUUUGGUACUUCAAAUGUACAUCUUCAUUUAAACUAUUGGACUGGAAUGGGUAAACUUUUUCUAUAACAAAUAUAAAGAAAACUGAAAUCGGAUGGCUUCUAUGCAGUCUUGUUCUUGUAGUCAUGUUUAUUUGAGGAUAUGCAGCUGCUUCAGAAUAAAAUUGCCUUUUGGUGAGCCAAAGCACAAAGAAAUGUUCACAUUUAAAAAUCAUGUGGAUUACAUACUAUAAACUGCAAAUGGACUUGUGCUGAUAACUAUCCUCUGAAUAUAACAACUGAGCAGAUCUUAAUAACUUUGGUGUAUUUUUUUUAAUUUAAUUGCAGAGAACUUAAUAUGUUUCUCUUCCAGGAAGCUUUAUAAGUGCCAGUAAAUAAAACAUGGUGAGACUGAUUGUUUCAGGAUGCUGUAACUCAGCUCCAUUUAUACAGUAAGUUAUAACAGUUUGAGGAGUGCAAUCUAAAACCAAGCAAAAGUAUUGAAGAACUUCAGAGUUCCUUUUUAGGCUACUUUGGAGAGGAGAAAAUCCUCUAUAGGAGGGAUAGAAGAGGCUUAAGUCCUAAGAGAACCGUUGAACUAACGAUAAAAUCCACCUUGCUUGGAGGUUCCUGCUCUAGGGCUUAUUCUACAAUUGCAUCAGUGGGUUUUGUUGCUAUGCUAGAGAUCAAAUGUACUCUGUGUUCCAGCCAGGGCUUUCACACUGAAAAGUGUAAACUACAUACCCUUGAUUCUUUUUCUUAAGCUGUCUCACAGACUAUUAUAAUAAACCUUCAAGAGUUGUUUUUACUGAAAGAUUAGUGGAAAUAUUUUUUUCCUCUGAUUUUUCUUCUGCGUUUACUCUGUGCUUGACAACUGUUUUGUAUAUAUUUGCCAGUUUCCCACGUGUAAGUUCGUGACUCAUGUAGUCUAUCCUGUUAAUUGUGCAGGUCUUUCACACAGAGCAAGGGAAAAAAAAACUUUGUAGAAUUUAUGAGCAGGUGCGGUAGCUGGAAAUUUUUCCUUAUCAGUUGUUUUCAUCUCCUUUUUGCAAGGAAAAAGGGUGAAAAGGAAAAAGGUGACUCCUAUUAUUGGUCUAACGGGCUGUUGGAUAUCUUUAGUGUAAAGGUAACAGAAUUCUAGUAAGGAAUGGAUAUAACAAAUUUGCUGUUAAGGGAAAAAUAAGGGUUGGGAUUUUCUAUUCUAUUGUAGAUUGUUUCAUCAUUUCAUCUUCCAUCAUGAAUGCACAUCAUCCUGCGUUCAGGCAUUCCACACAAAGAGAAGGAAGUAACUGACCGUUGUAAUUAUUACUGUAGAAUGAUGUACCUUUUAAUUAAAAAUCUCCUAAAUUAUUCCAUUUAGUCACAGACAUACAACAUAUAAUGACCAGUGAAGAAAACUUUUUUUUUUUUACCAUGUUGGUUCCCGACUUCCAUUUUAUCAUUCCUUCCUAUUCAUGUUCUUACACAUUUCACAUUAAUAGUAACUAUUAAUGCAAAGCUACAAGGAAAACGUAGAGCAAUGACUGAAAAAAGCUGAAGAGACAGUGGAAGGUACUGCUUUGUAAAUAUUUCAUUAUCCCCUACCUCAUGAAAGCCUUACAAUUUUAAGCCAUGAUGUCUUAUUACUGCUGGUUUUGAUGAGUUUAUUGCCACAUUACGUUGUAGAAGUUCAAGAGUAAUUUUCUCAACUGGCUUAAUCAGACAUACUUGUAAAUUCGAUGUUGCUUCCUCCCAGAAAGUCCUAGUUUAGGAGCAGAUUUAACUGGAAUAAAAUUAAAUUCUUACUUUGUCGUGUAUUUGAGGAAAAAAAGACAAACAUUUGUUUUAAUAUGGAGGAAAAAAAGACAAACAUUUGUUUUAAUAUGGAGAGGCAUUAGUAUACUGUGGGAAUAGCAGGAAUAAUGGCUUCAUGCACUCUUUUAAACAUAAGUUUUUGAUUUUUAUAUAUUCAAAUCAAAGUAGUCUGCAUCAAAACACUUUUGUCCAUGUUUAAAAAGAUAAAUAUCUAAAACAUAUCUUCUUGUGUGUGCCAUAGAUAUGGCAGUGCUAAGAGUAAGGCUUGAGGAAUUAAAAAAUAUUGUAUGCAUUUGCUUUUUUUUACCUUUUUGCCCCCUUUCAGUAAAUUCAUAGUUUGUUUCCUUAAGUAGUUGUCUUUCAGAUGGAAAGCUUCUAAUUAACAUUCUUGGAAAUAAACUGUAAGGAUGAGCAGCCUACCAUUUUUGGUUUUUUGGUUUGUGCCAUUAUAUACUGCUGAAUUUGUUUGCAGCCCUGCAAAACUUAAAUAUGGAAACCAAUCUGCAAUUUAAAAAAAAAAUAAAGGAACAGAUAGCUGCUGGCUUCUUAUUUAAAGAGGAAAAAUAAUUUGUACAUAGCAUGUUGUUUACAGCAGUAGCAACACUGAACCUUGGUCUGUUGUAUUUGUCCUAAGCUUAUACAACAGCAUGACAUUAUAAAUUACAGUAUCUGAAAGCAUCAUAUAUCUAACACUGAAA